GGGCGAUGUUCGUUACAGUGGCAAGAAAAAACUGUAUGAGAACAAACACUUCAUGAAUAGAGAGAGGUGAUUGAGCUAUGGAGAAGCUGGAUCACGUAACAGUAUCUAUCCUUACAGCUGCAUGCAUUGACGAGCCCAUGCUCUUAACUUUGAGCCGCGAGGAUCUGAGGGACCUGUUUCCUGGGCCUGAACACUUUCUCACUAGAAAGCGUGUGUGGUCAGUAAUUCACCCUGAGGAAGACCGUCCUGUAACACAGACCCCUGAAACAUAUUCUUCACCCAGGGUAGUUCCAACAGCCAGGCCUCAAAGUCCUGAUGCUAAAAAAAGCCAGCAGAAGACCUUGCAGCUCCCCAGUCCUCCGGAAUAUGUAGUGUACACAGACAGUGAGUUGGAGCAAUGCAGAAAGAGUUACUAUGAUUUGGCCCAUGUUAGCCGGGAACAUGAAUGUGUCAUGUCCAAAGAACUGAGAUGCAGACUAGUGAGAAAUACAAUCACAAGUAUGGUGUCCCUUUUGAGAGCAAGCGAAGGCCAAAUGGAGCGAUACCCCUCUAAGAACGAAAUCACUGCAAUGGCCAAAAUAAUCGUGGAAUAUUAUCCUAUGCUAAAGGAUAAUGAUGCAAGCGUGAAACACGAGAGCAUCAACGCAAAGUUACUAAAAAGGCUGCAAAAUAUUAAAACUCCUGUAAAAAAGCAACGGCCAACACCAGACAGGGGCCGGCCAAAGAGAAGACUCACUGACCUCUCUCCAACUGAUAAAGAAGCUGAUGAUGAAGAUGUUGAUUGCAGUUCUUCCAGUGGUGCAUCUAAUCUGCUUUUAUCACCUGCAAGCAGUUCUGAUGCUUCCACUUCAUCUGGCAGGGUUAGUCCGCAAAUACAAGCAAGACUUUACAGAACAUUACAAGAAAUGUGCAAGAAGCCGAAACCAAACCAAGAAGAUGUGUCCCAGUUAUUAGACCUCGAGUUUGACUCCAGAAGAGCCUUCAUUGACUCAGACUCCUUGAAAGAGGAGAACAGAGCUUCCCACAUCUUGGAUGCAUAUCCAUGCUUUAAAGAACUGCAUCAUGUACGCUAUUGGGAGAGUUCAUAA